AUGCCGUCAGUGUUGAUCUAUGGUGGUGGUUGCAUAGGCGCCGUUGCAACCUUCUUAACUUCAUCAGCCAUACCGCCACAAGAUAUAGUCCUCGUCUGUCGUUCCAACUUUGAUGUGGUUAGCAAAGAUGGUAUCACUAUCAACUCAACCCUCUGGGGUUCUGGCCUUGUUGUAAAGCCAACGGUUGUGCGAUCAAUUCACGACGCCAGCAAACUAGGAAAACAAUUCGACUACGUGUUCAUCACUACGAAAGCAACAACCAAAAAAGAGGAUAUUCAAGCCAUGGUCUCUAUAAUAGCGCCUCAUACCUCCCUCGUUCUUAUGCAAAAUGGAAUUGCCAUCGAGCAACCCUUCCAUGAGAUGUUUCCGACGAAUCCAAUACUCAGCGUGGUUCUAUACACACCAGUUGCUCAAACAUCUCCCGGGGUCUUCUCUCACGCUCUUUCCGCCCGAUUGCUACUCGGAACAUAUCCAGCUAGUGCCCCAGAAGGCCACAAGACGUCUGCGGAGAAGCUGAAAGACUUGUUGCAGACAGGUGGCGCUUCUGUUACCCACGAGGCAGAUAUCCAAGUCAGCCGGUGGAAGAAGAUUCUCAUAAACGCGUCAGAGAAUCCAAUAUGCGCUCUUUGCCGUUUGCCAGACGCCACAUUCUUUCAGAGCGCCCCAGGGGCGAUUCAAUUUAUGCGAGACGUCAUGGAGGAGAUUGCAAGGACAGCUCGUGCAUCUGGCUGUACUGAGAUUGACGACGAUGUGAUUCAACAGCAACUUGACUUUUUGACGAUAAGAGAGCUUCCGGGCGUUGUGCCAAGUAUGAUGGCAGAUGCUCUUUCUGGGCGAGAAAUGGAAGUGGAUGCUUUGAUUGGGAAUGUCGUAGAUAUAGCAGCGGAAAAUGGGGUGGAAACACCUCGGUUGAGCACUCUAUAUUAUCUCAUCCGAGGUCUCAAUUGCAGUUUUAGAACUUAG